UUUACAGAGACGUGAUUUUCCUCAAAGACGAUGCAAAACGGCUUUAUUCUUCUUCUGAUUAUUUGGAACUCUUCCACUUUUGCGUCAGGAAACGACGCAAAUCACCUUCAGUUCCCGCUGGGAUGUCAAGCUGUGAUACCUUGUCAACAUUCCAAAAGUGACUCAGACUCCUUCCAAUGGUUUUACAAGAAAGAUGAACAUAGUCGCAAAGUCCAGUUAUUUUUUCAAGAUAAGACAGGAGUAGAGCGCCAUCAGAAGUUCUCUCGUUCCAGAAUGAGGGUUCUGCGCAAUCGUUCCUUGGUCAUUGAUCCUUUAACAGAGGAUGAUCAAGGCCUUUACUGGUGUGAAAAUUGUUUUCAAGACAAGACAAUUGUCAAAAAUUGUCAGAGUAAACAGCCAACAGUCUUCAGUGUGAAGAAAGAAAUUCUGAAAGAAACUUAUAAGACAUGUUACGUUACUGCAGGCAGCAGUUUUACUCAUGCCUGUCCGGGUGAACCGACUAACUUAAAAUGGACUUUUGAAGCAAGUCACAUGGCCGCACUCAACAACUCUGUACAAGGACCAGAAUUAUACAUAGUGACUUCCAACAAGUCUAUAUACAUUGUCAAUGUUAAAAGAGCAAAUGCUGGGAAAUAUACCUGCUGGACAAGUGGAUGUGAUGGACACAGACAGAAGCUACUUAUUAUCAACUUGUGUGUGAUUAUUGUACAUAACAGUGAGGAUUCAUCUGUUUCUUGUGCCGUGAUAUGUGACCUGGAAUUCAGUAACAUCGCAGCAAACAGCACAUCAAAUGUGGAAACAGGCACGAUGACUAAAUCAGUGUUUGUAGAUCCAUAUGGGUCUUUAAAUUGCAGUGCAAAGCAGAUGUUUGAAGGAUACAGUACAGUACAGUACAGCACUCACGGACCAUCAAAUGCUUUAAACAAAACAACAGGUGGGUGUUUUGCCGUAUCUCUGGAGUACAUGUCCUAAAUUAAAGGAAUAACAACCCUUAUGUUUUGUUUUUACAGGUAUAACUACAAAGCCUCAAUAUCUGAUUCCAGUUAUUUAUGGAACCCCAACAGCCCUUACAUGUCUUAUUUUAAUGGCACUUUUAAUUUGCCAACUCAGACCAAGAAUGCGGGCAGCAUUUCCUGUUCAUCUUUGUUGCUGCGGCUUGAAUGGCAGUGCUGUGGUGGAAGAGGAGGCUUCAGUGGUUUAUUCAUCAGUUGUCAUCAGGAGACCUGCUGCAACAACAAAG